AUGUUGGACUUUCUAAAGCCUAAUUAUCUGAUUGUAACAUGGAUGGCUUUGAUGUCGAGUUCACCACUAUUAUCCUCGUUCCGAAUAUCAUCCAAAUCAACAACGGCAGGUGGUGGAUCCUUGUUUGCCGCAGCUCAAGAUUAUGAACAAAGGUCCUCCACCUUUGAUGCAUUGCUCAAAUUCGAGCCAGUUCGAGGGAGCGGCAACAUGACCUCUGAUGAACUACUGAUUUGGGAGGAUGCCUCAUCUGAAUUCUUUGCCGCCAUGUUUGAUCAAUUAACCCGAGAGGGAAAUGGCACGGUGCCUAUGUUGGGCCCGGGUACCGUACUCUCAGUCCUUUCGCAGGAGCGAUAUGUGGCGAGUCUUGGAAACUUUGGACAAAUCAACUAUGGAGUGAAUUUGGAAGUUAACUUUGUAGUGACCUUCCAAACAGAUCCAGAUGCCGAAUCUUUGAAUGCUGGGAACGAGGUCUUAAAGAUAUUUGAUCGAGACAAUAAAGGAAACUUGGUGUUCCUUUCUCCCUAUCUUUCUUCCUUGAGACAAAGAAUUGGAAAUACCUUUUCUUCCGUCAACAGAUUGGCCAUUAAUGUCAAUGGUCCUCGACCCAUUGAUUUGGCAUCUCCCAUUCCGACGUUGCCGCUGCCACCACCGACGGAUGCGCCCAGUUGGACUCCUUCCAACCGACCAACCAAUGCCCCCACGUUGCCACCCACCACUGUGCCCAGUCUAGCUCCAACACCAUCACCAACCCGCAUGGACACGCUCGAGCCUACUAUAACAGAUUCCUUUGUGCCAUCGGCUGAGAUUACGCCAGUUCCUUCGACCUCGCCUCCCACGGCUCCCGAUGAGACCUUACAGCCCACGAUGGAACCCGAUCCCACCACUAGUCCUACCAAGUUUCCCACGUCUCGUCCGACCCUGCCACUCGAGUCCUUUUUUGCCACGACCAAAUUGAGCUUGGAAGGGCCUGUGCAAAAUCUAAAUUUCAAUGCCACGGCAGACUUUCAGUCCGUCACGGCCGACUACUUGGCCACCAUCAUUCAAGAUUUGCUACGGGAUACUGCUGUGGAAGAAGUCACGGUGGGACUCUCCAGUCAAAACUUGGUCCAAGAACAACUUGACGAUGGUCAAGGAGUGCGACGAUUGCAACAAGACCAGCCUGCUACCAAUCAAGAGGAUGAGGCCAUUACCAAACUCCAAGUGGAAUUCAAUACCAUUUUGAAGAUUCGAUCGACGUCCUCGGUCAAUGCACCCUCCUUGGUGUCAUCGGCAUUUGGAACAGCGGGAAGACGAGAAAACUAUCGACUUUUGUUGGUAGCCUCAAACGAUCCAAUUCUCAAUACCAUUACAUUGGUGGAUCUGGUCGAUGGGAAUGGGAAUAUCAACAAGCCAGCAACAGUACCCGGAAAUGAACCUGGAGGUUUGAGUACGGGUGCCUUGGUUGGCAUUGGUGUAGGUGCAACACUCUUUGCGGUUGCCAUUUUGGGAAUAUGGUACAAGGCCAACAAUAAAGGAAGUGGGGAUGGAGACUCGCAAAAGGGACAAAUACCCACUGCUAAAAUGUCCGACAGAGAAGGUGGAGCUCUUGGUGGACGUCUCGAUGCCGAAAUUAUGGUGGACAAGAAUGCUGAUGACGUGAGUACCUUGGGGGACCCCUUCUUUGGAAUGUCCAUGGAGGAACGAACUUGUGCCGACCGGACGGCGACAAGUGCGAGCGUCAAGGACUCGUAUGGGUUUAUGAAGCUGAUGCAAGAUGGUGCGAAUGAAUUGUUGGGAACUACAAAAGAAGCAGCAGACGAGGAGGAAGAAACUGCCUCCAAGGUACAACGGACUACACUGUAUGCCGAUGAUGACGCUUCGUUUGAAGACAUGUUUGGAGAUGGAGAAAUGUAG